CCGUCUCCUUUCGCUGUAUAUAAGACCGCCAUCUCGCUCCCAACUUUUAUUUCGCCUUACAACUCCAUUCCCUGAAAAUUCCAUCCAUAACAUGCCCAAAAGGUCUAGCUAGUUACAAGCUGUGAUCAGGAAAACAGGUUUAAGACGACCAUCCUUAGCUCACUGGCCAGGGAGGAGAUGGAGCACGACGUGCACCACCACGAGGCCAUGGAGCUGCCUCCGGGCUUCCGGUUCCACCCCACCGACGAGGAGCUCAUCACGCACUACCUCGCCAGGAAGGCCGCCGACCCACGCUUCGCCGCCCGUGCCGUCGGCGAGGCCGACCUUAACAAGUGCGAGCCAUGGGACCUGCCAUCUCGGGCGACGAUGGGGGAGAAGGAGUGGUACUUCUUCUGCGUGAAGGAUCGCAAGUACCCGACGGGACUGAGGACGAACCGGGCCACGGAGUCCGGCUACUGGAAGGCGACGGGCAAGGACAGGGAGAUCUUCAGGGGCAAGGCCCUCGUCGGCAUGAAGAAGACGCUCGUCUUCUACACGGGGAGGGCACCCAGGGGCGGCAAGACAGGCUGGGUCAUGCACGAGUACCGCCUCGAGGGCAAGCACGCCAUGACCGCCGGCAGCAGCAGCAACCUCCCCUCGAUCAAGGCUGCCACAUCCAAGGACGAGUGGGCGCUGUGCAGGGUGUUCAAGAAGAACGUCGAGCCGCCGUCAGUGGCCGGCGGCAAGAGAUCAGGGGCGUGCAUGGGGAUGGCGGACGUAGGGACGUCGUCCAUGUCCAUGGCGAACGACCUCGCCGCGUGCGCGCUGCCUCCGCUGAUGGAUGUGUCCGGCAGCGGCACCGCCAUGUCACUGUCAGCGGCGGUGGCGUCCAUCGAGCUUCCGCCGCCGGCAAACGUGACCUGCUUCUCCAACGCGCUGGAGGGCCAGUUCCUGAACCCACCCUUCCUCCUCUCCUCCGCCCCCGCGGCUGCGAGCGCGGUACAGGGCACCGUCGCCGCGGCCGCGGACCACCUCACCAUGGUCUCAGCCUCGCCUUUCCUGGCGAGCCUGCAGAUGCAGUACGACGGCGCGGCGGGCGACAUGGUGCACGAAUUCCUGCAGGAGGGCGGCGGGUGGUACAGCAAGCUGGGUGAGAGGGAGCGGCUGAGCGAUGGCGCAUCGCAGGACACCGGCCUCACCUCGGAGGUGAACCCCGCCGAGAUCUCGUCGUCGCGGCAACACAUGGAUCACGAGGCCUACCUUUGGGGCUACUGAAAUCUCUUACGCGAUCAUUAAAAUUGCAUUAGUAUUAGUCACUGGAUUGGAAAUGAGAAUUGCUCUGUACUAUUGAAUACUUGUACAAAAGGAAAAAAAAAUAUAAGCAAAGUUUGCUUGUAUAGUAGUAGAUUGAUUUGGUUUAGAGUUACUAUUGUAACGAGAUACUAGUACUACUGUUGUGCGUGUGAUUGCUGGAAGGGAAGGGUCCAUUUGGAACGCGGAAAUUAUGCGGUAAUCUUGCAACA